AUGGAACGUUUCCAUCAUUUCAGUGUGAACACAAACACACGUCGCAAACACGUGUUUUGUGUUAAGUCAUAUUUCUCAUUCAUGUGCGUCUUUCUGUCCUUACUUUGCUCCACAUUUGCUUCAUCCGAGUGUGUUCAACGUGAGAAGAUCUCAAAUAACAGAAUUUUACACGUAUCGGAGAUAACACUUCAAAAGUCGCGUCAGCUUUGUGGUGUAUUACAUACGGAAGUGAGAGUAUUUGUACUUACAGAAGAUUCGCAGAAGAACAGCAAUGUCACAACUGUGCUUUUUUGUCCAUCCACUGAAGUGCCGGAAAUCACUGUCGCAUUUCAACGAAAACUCAUUAGCCUCAGUUUGAGUGAAAAUGAUGGAACAAUAACCGUCUCCCGUCUUCCAAGCAAUUCUGUCCAAAUCCAUGUCAACCCGAAAACCUCUCCAUUAACCGUCCUUCCACAAGUAUAUGUACAGCUGAUGAGACUUCCUAACAAACUCAACCUAGGAAGGAUGUAUGCGCAGUGUGGUGAUUCCCUGGAUUCAAUGGAAGAUUUUGAGCUACGAUUUCAAGAAAAAAAUAAGAAAGUUAUGCCCAAACUCACAGCGCCAAUCAAUUCACAACGUUUUGAACGUGAUACAUCCAGUGCCGAUAAGCCAAACAUCACCGACCAAGUGAUGUGUGGAGAAACUCAUAGCUGCUUCCGGUAUGGCAAAUCUUCAUGUAGACACAUGGAAUGUACAUACUUCGUUUCCUACCGCGUGGAUGAUAAUGUCAACCGGAGGACCAUCCAUCUUGAGAUCAGCGGCAAGGCACAGGGAUGGUUAGCUAUAGGUUUCUCCUCCGACAACAAAAUGGGCGGAGCUGAUAUAAUUGCAUGCGUUCGAAAGGAUGUGACCUCGUCAGAAUUCCGUGUAGGUGCUUUCAGUACUGCUUACUACCACGAUACCCCAACUGAGAAGGCGAGUUUUUCUAACUUGACACGGUACGAAGAGGUUGAUGGCUAUUUCUACUGCUAUAUCCAAGUUCCCUUUAAACAACGCCCAGGUAACUACGUGGAUCUAAGUAACGACUGGUAUCAGCUGUACGCAUGGGGGAACAUUUUUACAGGUGGGAAAAUGGAAAGACAUAUUCAUCCGCCUUUGACGUCGUUUACCCAAGUUAGUGUCUUGUACAAAAGAAAUGAGUUCGGGGCAGGAAAACAGAUAAAGGGAGACAACCUUCUCUGUUCACUGCUGCUGAUCCUACUUGUAAUUUUGAUGUGA